AUGGCCUGCUCGCGAAUCCUCCGCCUGGCCCUUCUGACGCUCUCAGGAGUCCUCAUCCCGGCCGUUCUCACAGCAGAGUAUCCCGUGGGCCCUGCCCCAACCCUGUGGAACGAGGCGCCAGAAUUGCCAUCGGGCGAAGGACCCUUGGAACCCACCGGCGCGGCCUACGCAUCGGAGCCCACCGGCCUCCCGCUCUCCACGUCGGAGUACGAGCCCGAGGAUACCACCCACCUGCACCGGCUGGAUGAGGGCAAUGGUUCUCUGGGGCCAGGAGCCAUUGCGGCCAUUGUGAUCGCAGCUCUCCUGGGCACUUCGGUGAUUGUGGCACUGAUCGUCAUCACUCUGAGAAAAUUCUCCACUUCCUGA